GGGGGGAGGGCCCGCGGAGUCCCCGAGGGCGGGAGCGACGCCGCCCGCGCCGGCCCAGCUCCCUUUGCGCCCGCGGCGGGCCCGGAGCAGCGGCGGCGGCGGCUGCGGAGGCCGAGGGCGCCUGAGGCGGCCGGAGGGGCGGGGGCAGCGGCCGCCGCCGUUUGAUGGAUCCGAGGAUCGCCUGGUUCCAGCCAGAGCAGCUCGGACCGUCCAACAGUCUGUGGAUGCAGAUCUGGGAGACGACCCAGGGGCUGAGGAACCUCUACUUCAACCACCACUGUCACAGCAGCGGCGGCGGCGGCAGCAGCAGCACGGCCUCGGGCGCGAGCGGCGGGAGCCCCGGCAGUCCCGGCGGCGCGGCCCCGGCUCCGGCCCCGGCCCCGGCCUCCGCCCAGGCCGGCAUGCUCCGUUCCGGGGAGCGUCUGCCGGGCGGCCACGCGCGGCCCGCCGAGCAGCGGGACUUCCUGCCCCUGGAGACGACCAACAACAACAACAACCACCCCCAGCCGGCGGCCUGGGCCCGACGUGCAGCCUCGGGACCUCCGGCCACCCCGGCCCCGUCGGCGACCCCAGCUCCACGCCCCUCUGUCCCAGUCCCUGCUGCUGAGCCCGCUGACCCGGCCUCGGGCAGCAGUAACAAGCGGAAGCGUGACAACAAGGCCAGCACCUACGGACUCAACUACAGCCUGCUGCAGCCCAGCGGAGCGCGGGCCACUGGGGGCGGCCGGGCAGACGGCGGCGGGGGCGUGUAUAGCGGGACCCCGUGGAAGAGGAGAAACUACAACCAGGGAGUCGUGGGUCUGCAUGAAGAAAUCAGUGAUUUUUAUGAAUAUAUGUCCCCAAGGCCCGAGGAAGAGAAGAUGCGGAUGGAGGUGGUGAGCAGGAUUGAGAGUGUGAUUAAGGAGCUGUGGCCCAGUGCUGAUGUCCAGAUAUUUGGAAGUUUUAAAACUGGCCUGUAUUUGCCUACUAGUGACAUCGAUCUCGUGGUGUUUGGAAAGUGGGAGAACCUGCCGCUCUGGACCCUGGAAGAAGCCCUUAGGAAACACAAGGUUGCAGAUGAGGAUUCAGUGAAAGUUCUAGACAAAGCAACUGUACCUAUUAUUAAAUUAACAGAUUCUUUUACUGAAGUGAAGGUUGAUAUCAGCUUUAAUGUCCAGAAUGGAGUAAGAGCAGCAGACCUCAUCAAAGAUUUUACUAAGAAAUAUCCUGUAUUGCCAUACCUGGUUUUAGUAUUGAAACAAUUCUUAUUACAGAGGGACCUUAAUGAAGUAUUUACAGGUGGAAUUGGUUCAUAUAGUCUCUUUUUAAUGGCUGUCAGUUUCCUUCAGUUACAUCCCAGGGAAGAUGCCUGCAUCCCCAAUACGAACUAUGGUGUUCUCUUAAUAGAAUUUUUUGAAUUAUAUGGACGACAUUUCAAUUAUUUAAAGACUGGCAUCCGGAUAAAGGAUGGUGGUUCAUAUGUGGCCAAAGAUGAAGUACAGAAAAAUAUGCUAGAUGGCUACAGGCCAUCAAUGCUUUAUAUUGAAGAUCCUUUACAACCAGGUAAUGAUGUUGGAAGGAGUUCCUAUGGGGCCAUGCAGGUGAAACAGGCCUUUGAUUAUGCCUACGUUGUUUUGAGUCAUGCUGUAUCACCAAUAGCAAAAUAUUAUCCCAACAACGAAACAGAGAGUAUAUUGGGUAGGAUAAUUAGAGUAACAGAUGAAGUUGCUACAUACAGAGAUUGGAUCUCCAAGCAAUGGGGCUUGCAGAACAGGCUGGAACCCUCAUGCAAUGGAAAUGGUGUUACCUUGAUAGUAGAUACUCAGCAGUUAGAUAAAUGUAAUAAUAAUCUGUCUGAAGAAAAUGAAGCCCUUGGAAAAUGUAGAAGUAAAACUUCGGAAUCUCUUAGUAAACACUCUUCAAACUCUUCAUCAGGUCCGGUGUCGUCCUCUUCUGCCACGCAGUCCAGCUCCAGUGAUGUGGAUUCAGAUGCCACACCAUGCAAAACUCCAAAACAGCUGCUCUGCCGUCCGUCUACUGGGAACCGAGUAGGGUCACAAGAUGUGUCCUUGGAGUCCUCUCAAACGAUUGGGAAAAUGCAGAGCACCCAAACCACUAACACAUCCAAUAGCACCAACAAAUCUCAGCACGGAUCAGCAAGGCUCUUUCGUUCUUCCAGCAAAGGCUUCCAAGGUACAACUCAGACAAGCCAUGGUUCCUUGAUGACAAAUAAACAACAUCAAGGCAAAUCCAAUAAUCAAUAUUACCAUGGCAAAAAGAGGAAACACAAGAGGGACGCGCCCCUCUCAGACCUCUGUAGAUAGUCGGCACUGUGCGAUGGACUGUCUUCUGUGUGCAAUGCUCUCAUGCUCAGGACAGUUGCAUAGGGACUCCUGGGACACAUUCAGGACCCUCACACUGUUGAGACGUUGAUUUAGCAACUGCGUUUUUUCCCAGCUCGCCACGGAAUGGAUCAUGGAGACUGACAACUGCAAAAACAGAAAACAAGCAAAACAGGGGGAAAAAAGCUGCUUAUUUGAUAAGUUGUACGCUACAACAGGGUCAUUUUAAGAUUUAAAGCUUGAAUGUAAAUUACAUAUAUUUCUCAUUGGCUUUAUGCAGAGUUAUAGGGAAUAGUAUUCAGUGUGGGUAGGGUGAUAGAAAUAAAAAAUAAUUUCAGAGGAUGGGGUGGGAAAGGCAAACAGAAGUAUCCUAUAGGAAGUCCAGAUUCCAAAGGGGAAAGUGAUCUGUGCAUGUUUUUUUUUUAAUAUUUUUGCAUAUAUUUACCAUUUUAUUGUGUGUAUAUAUAGAAGACCAUAUAGGAAAUUGAUAUUUGUAAUAGUGGAUUUGUUAAUACUUUUUACAUAACAUUACUGUUUGAAUUGUAAACAAAUUUCUUCUCAGGAUUAGUUUGAAGAAUAAUCUGAAUUGUCAUCUUGACAUCCAUAUAUAGGGAAGUGAUUAGUUCUAUUACUCAGUUUGUUUUCCUUGGCAUUGAAAUGACUUAAUAGAACCCUUGUGACCCACUUCAAAUUUUUUCUCUCUAAAGAAAAGGUUUACGGUGGCAAAUGAUGUUUAUUUUAUUUUAUAAAAAAAAAAAAGAAAAAAAUGUACUAUGUACUUUUGUGUAAACACUGAAAAAUCUCUAGUCAUCUCUGAGAAACUUGCUCCUGUUUUCUAUCGUGCUGUCGUUUCGGGCAAUGGGCAAUUACAUGACUUCGUAUUCGUUUCCUUUGCAGUCUUUCCCCCUCUUUCUCUCUCUUUACCCUGUCCCCCAAUAGGAAACUCAAGGCCACCCUUGUCUGGUCUCAUUCCUGUUGCAGUAAAACCUCAAGCUCCACAAACUUUGCAUGCUGACUCCUCUGACCCUGUGUGCUGCGUGUGCUUGUGUUUCUCAUCUCUUAUUCUUUUAAAUUCAUGCUUAACUACUGUGGGAGAGAAUAACUGUAAACAGCUUUAAUUAAAUCAUACUUAUAAAAAACUAUUUUCUUAUACUUCACUUUAUGCUUUUGGUAUUGUCGAUCUUUAAAAAUUAAAUGGUCUUUGAUAAUGGAUCUAUUUUGUAUUGCCUUAUUAAGACCAAAUACUUCUAGUCAUCCCAUUCUUUAUCCUCUCCUUUCAUGGAAUUGUUAUCUUUAAUUAAAACUUUUAAAGCAUUGGCUUGUUUUAAUCAUACUGUAAAUUUUGGUUAUGGUCAGCUUUGAGUGCAAAUGAGAUGUAAAAUUCUGUUACUCAUCACCUGUUGAGUUUGAAACUCGGUUGGGAAUAUUUAAUAUGAAUGAAUGUAAGUGACAUUUCUGAAAAUGCUUUUUUCCAAGGUGAAAGCUCUUAUGUUUAGCAUCAGUAUAUGUGGCUCUGUUAAAUACAGCCAUUUGAGAUGAGAUCCUUUUAUGUAUGUAUAUAUAUAUAUAUAUAUAUAUAUAUAUAUAUAUAUAUACAUACAUACAUAUAAAGUACUAUUGGCUUUUAGGGAUUUCUUUUAUAUACAUUUAUGAAAUAUCAAAGACCAAUCAGACCACUAAUGGACACAUAGUGCAAUUUUUUUAUAAAAGAAAAUAAUGUUAAAGUAAGACCAAAACUGAUGUCAUCACUGAAAUUAACAAAUUUUCAAUGUGUUCAUAUUUUAAUUCACAACAGAAAAAUAUGUUCCAAAACUGGAAACUCAGUACUGUGUAAACCGUGGAUGAUUUUGAAUGUGAUGUUAUUUUAAUGAUGUUUUAAAUUUUAAAGUCACAUUUUAUUCUGAUCAGAAUUUUUAUCAAGAUGUUGAGCUUUUGUUUUUUGAAACUAGUUUGUCAUAACAUAUUGUGCAUAAUCACAGUAUUUAUUUUGUAGGACUAUUGUGAAUGUGUAGACUUAUGUUUACUGCUAAGGGAACAAUUAUUUAUAAAAUAAUAUUAAAUCCAGUAUUAGCUGCCUAUUUCAGACACUUAAUACUUACAAAGAUCCAUGUUACACUUACCACACUGAAGGUUUUUUUUUUCUUUCUUUACUUUUCUUUUUACUUUUUUUUUUUUUUUUUAAGAAUCACCCUCAUUGUUGAAAGUAAAUGUACUCUUAGGGUGCGAAUAUUAGUGUUCCAAUAAGCAUGUGAUUAUAUUAAGGUGGUGGUAGCGGGAAGAUAAUCUUGAUUCCAUUGGGAAUCUUAGGUUUUCGUAAAUUUAUUGGGAAAAUAGUUUUUCCUGUACUGCUGAAGUUUCUUUUUGGUAAACAGUAUCUUUCUAAAAGAAAAGCAUGAAGGAGAAAUUGAGGUGUAUAUACAUGUCCUCAAAUGACCAGCAUUGUAUUCGUGAAUACUGUGUAUCUUGCAAUGAACAGUGUGGAAGCUGUUCAUUUUUCAAUCUGAAGUAAAAUACUUUCAAGAACUUUUA